AUGCCUCUGCCGCUGGCCCCCGCGCUGUCGCUGCUGCUGCUGCUGCUGCUGCAGGUCUCGGGGGGCCUGUCCCGGGAGGGCGGCCUCGCCGGCCCCAACGGCGCGAUGCCGGACGUGGCCGAGCGGGAGCCCGCCAGCCUGCCCGCCUUCCUGGCCUGGUGGCACAGGCAGGGCCCCCGGGCCGAUGCAGGCCCCUCCUGGCAGACGGCCAAGCGGCAGGACAGCCUGCCCCCCCAGCCGCCCCCGCGCCCCGCGAAGCCGCUCUGCAGAAACUUCUUCUGGAAGACCUUCUCCUCCUGCAAGUAG